AUGUCUCUAUAUUCUCAGAUUAAAUCUCACAAUAUCCAGCCUUCUAUUAAAUCACGAGAUAUGGAUCGGAUGUUAACCGAAUGGUUCAGAAACACCGAAAUAGGAUCAGAUAUUAACCGAAUGAAUUCAGAAAAAAAAGUUCGAUAUCUGCGAUCUGAUGCAACUUCUUUAUCUGAUGAUAAUAUACAAGAUAUCAUUAAUACUAGAAAUUCAAUGAAACGUGCAUCAGAAGCUAUGGCAAGCAAAUACAAAAUAUCAACAAGCAAAUCUACUGAUUCAGCUUUGGAAGAGGAUGUUGUUUUAGAUAGUAAGGUGAAAAAGACUGGAGAAAGAAAAUCGAGAACUGAAACUGUUCGCGUUUCUGAUUUUAUUUCAUCUACUGAAUCUUCUGAAGAUGUCUUGGAUUUGUAUAAGAGAACUAGUUCUGAAAUAGAAAAAAUUAGAGUAUCUGGUCGUGCUCUU